AUGACGCUCAAGUAUUUACUAGGUGUCUCAUCAUUCGGUUUAUCAAUCGUCGUCAUUUUUCUGAACAUCAUAAUUUUUGUUCCUGUAUUCCGACUGGCGUUUAUUUCAAAGAAGAGCACAGUUUAUAUAAUUGCAUUUUUCAAUAUAAUAUCGGAUCUAAUGCAAGCUUCUGUGCUAGGCUUAUAUCUAUCAACCUCGAUGAUGGCGGAUCAAUAUCUUCUCGCAGGAUCACGGGACAGCUUCGUAAAUUUAUUUUUAAGUGGGGUUUUUCUAAAUGGAUGGUUUAUGGAGUGCCUUGUACAAAUAGUUAUGGCUGUCAAUCGUUUCGCCGUUAUCACUCUCAACAAGCAUUACAUUUUUACUUUCAACACCACCCUCGUGAUUUUCUUCUUUCUGGUUACCACAACAGUUUUUUCGGUUGUCUGCACUCAAUAUCUUUUCCCAUGUUGCAAAUUCAUAUUGGAUCAAGAUGCUCUCACAAUGUUAUUCAUAAAUAUCGAAGGAUUGUAUUCAUACUCCAAUUUGAUGCUUGUCUCCUACGACAUUGUCUGUACAACCACGUCUACCAUUUGUUAUGUCGCCGUGUUUUUCUCUAUUCGAAAUUCUCAGAAGAGUGUGGCGAGUAAUAUAAAUCGAUCCAGUCAGGACAGCAAAUUUCUACUUCAGUUCGUCCUCAUUUCUAUUUUUUAUGUAUUGGCAUGGGUUCUGUUUGAAAUUCUUCCAUUUAUCGUUCCGGCCGAUCAACCACAGUGGUAUUCUGUGAUUCCGUUUUUGGUGACAUUGAACUGCUCUUCCAAUGCCAUCAUUUAUCUGGCACUGAAUAGAGAAAUUCAAAAAUCUAUGCGAACUUCUUGGCUCGCGUCGAAAAUAUCCGCAGCAACGGUGUCCAGUCAGAUCUAA